GCAGCUUUUAUGCAAUAAUUAAGCAGCUAUUUGUGGUUUUGUAGUUUGAUUAUUAAAAUAAUUUGAAGUUUGCUACUUUUCGUCCGACUGCCCUAACAUGCUUUCUCGACACGACAUGACGCAUAUUAUUAUUACAUCGUAUUCGUAUCAUUAAUCCCUGCAAAAUAAAUAGCCUUCUCUCCCUCUCCUCCGCAUCUCUUUAAUUCAUCUCUCUCUCUCUCUCUCUAGAAAAUCUUGUCAUGAGAAUGAGCUGCAAUGGCUGCAGAGUGCUCCGCAAAGGCUGCAUCGAGAACUGCACCCUCAGACCUUGUCUCGAAUGGAUCGAAUCACCUGAAUCUCAAGCCAACGCCACUCUCUUUCUCGCCAAAUUCUACGGCCGCGCCGGCCUCAUCAACCUCAUCAAAUCCGGCCCCAGCCAUCUCCGCCCCGAAAUUUUUAGGUCGCUUUUGUACGAAGCCUGCGGCAGGAUCAUCAGCCCGGUUCACGGCUCGGUCGGUCUCAUGUGCUCCGGCGACUGGCCGCGCUGCCAGGCGGCGGUGGAGGCGGUCCUGCGCGGCGCCCCGCUCAUGAACGAAGACGAUUCCGCCUCCGGCAGCGUCAUGCCUCUGCAGGGCUGCGACAUCCGCCACCUCUCCAAGGACUCUGCCGCCGCCUGCCACCGCCGCGGCAGGGCUCGAAACCGCUCCAAGCGCUCCGCCGAGACCCACGCUAACUCGUUCGCGGCCGAAUUGAUGAGCGAGUCGGAGGCCAAGUUCACGAUCACGGGGUGGGACGACAGCGGCGAAGAUCGCAAGGGUUUCAGCGAGGAGCUCAAGAGGGCGCGCAGCCACGACUCCUACUCGGUCGAGACGGUCGAGCCGGCUCUCGUAAACCGGAGUCACGCCAUCAAACCGGAGCUCGAACUCGGGGAGAUCGCCCUCGAGUUGACUUUGGGAGGCCCCAACUCAGUGUUCGGAGUGAUAGAGAUUUCCGACACCGAAAACUGAUCUGGAAAUUAGAAGAAAACCCCAGUUUUGGAGGAGUUUUUAAUUAGUUUUUUUUUUUCUUUUUUUAAAAAGAAAAAAAAAAAUAGAUUUUAGAGUGCAGUGAAGAAUUGCAGUAAAUGCAAAAGAUUUCUCAUUUCUUUUUGGGAAAUGAGGUAGUUUCUAGCUAGCUAGGAUUGGCGACUUAAUUUAGUGUAUAUUUCAUUAAGAAAUAAUUGAUGAUGAAGUCAUAUUUUAAACA